UCGCUUGCUGUGAAGUACCAUGGGUCUCAUGGAGACCACGCCGAAGACCAGAAGGCGAAACAUCGCCUCUUGGGCGAAUGGAAGGCCGAAAUGACGAGACGAGAGCUGGGUGUACGGUUUCUGGAUGAAAUUCCAGACGAACAGCGGGAAGACGCAAUCUUAGAAGCUCAAACUUGUAAGAAAGAGGAAAUGGGCGAAGAAAGGUGGAACUUACUGAACGAGCAAGAGACCUUGAAGGAGCUCGUGGACUUCUUUGCUGACGAGGCGUUUCUUCAGCUCACUGAGGACGAGCGUCGCCGCUUGAAGCUCUGGAUAUGGACAGGGUGCGAUAUGCACAAAGAUCUGAAUGCGGUGAAGGGCGGGGACUCAGCAAUGAGAGAGAAAUGGAAAGAAAUGAAAGACUCACCAGUCAUUUUGGCAAAUCGGGAUAACGCUGCAGUGUUAUCAGUAUUUGAAGGUGCUCCAGAAGCUCCAGAUGGCUUAGAAGACGACGAGGAGGGUAUCCGAGAGGAAAAUCCGGCCGAAAAGCGAGCGCGUGAGGUAUCGAGUGCAGGAGCCGUGAAAUUGUGCAGUCUUCUAGGUGCACUGCUAAACCAUAAAGACGAUAAAAAAGGUCAGCAUCAUUCAUUUAGGGACUACGCAAUGGGAAAGCUUGGACGUAUGUUUACAUUCCCCGAUACAUCGAAUACGAGAUAUUCGUCGUACCUUGAUGCAGCGGCAGAGACGUCAACCAACCUGGACUUUUACGUUGGGUAUAUGCACUAUCUUCGGCUGAGAAAGACGUCCCGGUCCCUGAAUAACCUUGAAACGAACGUCUUGAAGGCACUCUCGGAUGGCCCAACAAUCACAGAGCUGGCCGUCCUUACGUUGUACCAGGAGGCUGUAUCGCAUCCCUACAUCAAAUCAGUACGUAGUGGCGGAUUAAAAACGAACGCACUUACCUUGUGUCAUCUGCAAGCUGCAGUGAAAGUACAUAUCCGCACGCUUAUUGAAGACCCGCAGAUAAUUCUAUCGCCAGACGCAAAGCCAGAAGAUGCCAUCUUGAACGUCAACGAUGGGAUUGGCAAAGAAUCCCGUCCUGAGGCUGUAAGAGCAGUACACAACAUGUCUUCUUGCCUUCCGUAUCUUGAGGAGAUGUUCGUUGCUUUUCUGGAGGGGGCAUUGACGACCUGGGAGCGUUUCACGUCAGAAUUUGGUAGUGAUGGACUAAUAGCAGCACUUACAGAGGGAGAAAGGGAUGUAGCCUUCAUGCCGGCUACAAACGAUGCGAACGAAGGUGCCCUCGGGGCAUAUUGA